GGAGCGUCAUACAGGAAGACGCAAGGAAUCUGCAGAUUCUCUUCAGCCUAAUAACAUUCAGACGCUAAUAUUCAUAUUCAUAUUCGGUCAGAAAUGCAGCGGUUUCGGCUCUGGCACGCGCUUUCUCUCCUCAGUCUGCCGUUAUUAAGCAGCGCCAUUGAUUUUAAAACGCGAACGGGACCGCAAGUGACGGACAAGGUGUUUUUCGACAUCACUGUGGGUGGUCAUGAGGUUGGCAGGAUCGUGAUUGGUCUGUUUGGUGAAGUGGCUCCUCUGACCGUUCAGAACUUUGUGUCUCUGGCCACUGGAGAGAAGGGAUACGGCUAUAAAGGCAGCAAGUUUCACAGAGUUAUCAAAGAUUUCAUGAUCCAGGGAGGAGAUUUCACUGCUGGAGACGGAACAGGGGGUAAAAGCAUCUACGGAAACACGUUUGCGGAUGAGAACUUCCGGCUCCGGCAUCUGGGGGCCGGUUGGGUGAGUAUGGCGAACGCGGGGCCCGACACCAACGGCUCGCAGUUCUUCAUCACGCUAGCCAGAGCGCCGUGGCUAGACGGAAAACACGUGGUCUUCGGAAAAGUCCUGGAGGGGAUGGCUGUGGUUCACACCAUUGAGCUUCAGGACACGAACGAGCGAAACCUGCCGUACACCGAGUGUGUGAUCGUCAACAGCGGGAAGAUUAAAGUGAAGGAGCCGCUGCUGGUGGAGGUGGAGGGAUGGUGAUCACGUUUACAGCUCUGUUUUAUCUUCAUUUACAGCUGAAGAUUCACAUCAUCAGCCCUCCUGGCAAAUUUCAGCUCUUCAAAUAUUUCCCAAGUGCUGUUUAACAGAUUUGUUCAGCUCAUGUUUAAGCAGUAGUUUUAAUAAUAAUAAAUCCCAAUUGCUCGUUUAUUUUAGGUGCGUCUCAAUCAGCACCCUUGUUCACUAGUCAGUGCACUAAUUAGUGUGUCAGUCAUUUUCAGUGCUAUCUCGAUCACUAAAUUCUUCCAGCGCACUGAAGCAUUCACCCUGAAAACCCCUACUCAAUGCAUCGUGAAAAUCAGGGAGCAUUGAUAUAGACUACUAUAUGUGCCCUUAAGGGAAUCAUGAAAUAUGAAUCACGCAACCCAAAUCAUCCAACAUAUUGACAAACGAGAGAUGGGUUUUUUCUAAAAAGAAUCUGAUAUUUAUUUACCUUGCACAUGAACAGAGCUACAUAAGUUAGGAGCAAACAUUUAUAACGGUUUAAUAGUUGAAAUGUUGCUGGUUUAUUAAAACUAUCACAUUAAUCAGCUGUAAUGUACUUUAAAACAUGGUAAAAUCAGAGUAUGAGAAUAAUUAGUUCUGCCGUCUAGAAACUCCAGUUUUGAUGAUGUACAAUGAGGACGUUCUCAUGUCACACUUUGGACCCUAUCAUGCAGACAGUGCAAUAAGGCGCAAGACGUGUUUGGCGUGAUUUGUUCCUAUUUUCAGACCAGCGCAACAGUAAUUUUCACGUUUUGCGUCACGUUGUUUAAAUAGUAAAUCCAUUUACACCACUUUGGGGACUCAUGUGUGUGCUGGUCUAUAAAGGAGGUGUGUUAAGGCGCAGCGUUGCUAUUUUGAGGAGCUGAAAUAGACCGCACCACUGACCAACUAAAAGCUGCUCUAAAGUCCAGCAGAGCGCGUUAGUUAUGCUCCUAUGCAGAUCCAAAACACUUACACACUACUGAAUACACACAGGAAGAACAGCAACACACACAUAUCUUUACAGAUGAAAACAAUUAAAGGAUUAAAAUGAUCCAGAAAUUAUUAUUUUCUAUAUCAAUAUAAACACCACUGCCUCCAUGCCUUCUUCACCUCGGGGGGCUUUUUCAGUUACACAUGAUAAUCUGCAUCUGUAUAAUGUUAUUAUUAUCAGCAUUAUUAUUGAUUAUCUGCAGAUUUAUAUCUGUUUUAAUAAACACAAGUGUAGAUUUGUCCAGCUGUGGGGUUUUGGAGACGUCUGCAUCACCAUAUGGGUCAUCAGAACAGGACGUGUGUUUGGAUAUAACUCAGUGUUUUGAUCACACCAUUAUUAUUGUUCAUUUAUUCCUCUGCUGGAGAUUAGAACUGAAUUUAGAAAUAGUUUUGACACAAAUCUUUGCUCUUAACAAAAGAGAUUAAAUAUGUGGGCUGAUGGAUGUGUUCAGUGGAGUGAGUUUCCACCGUUUCCUCACUCCACCAAAGUAAAGGAGUAAAGAGAAAGUAAAGAGGCUGAAUGGAGGAGGCUGAUUCUUUAUCCUCGCGCUGCAGAUGCUCUGUUGAACUGUUUUCUCCCUAGUGAAGCAUUCAGUUCUUCCACUUAUGCCAGGUAAACAGCAAAUGCACCAUGGAGAGACACAACUGACUCUUAAAGGGAAUAAGAGACGAGACUCUGAUUGGUUUAAUGCAGGUUAUGCUCCAAACACAGCCAGAACUCAUGAAGAGAAUAAGCUCAACCCUGUUAGACCAUGCGCCGGGUGCAGAGCAAAUUUUACCAUCUUAAAAUAGCAAAAGUGGAUUCAGACACGCUCUUAAUGCUUUUGCACCAUGAGCUGCAGACUUUGCGCCUAGAUCAUUAAAAUAGAGCCCUCAGUGUAGUCAACUGAGCUCAUCAGUGCCAUUACUAGCGCACACCACCUACUGAUGAAUGACUGGUGCUGAUUAAGAUGUAGCAUUUGUCUUUGCUAUGAUGACAGUACACAGUAUUUUACUAGUUAUUUUGCAAGAUACUAGUAUUCAGUGCAUUAAUUAGGUUAACUAGGCCCGUUCAGUUAAUUUGGCAAGUGAUUGGACAACAUUAGCUACGUUUGCAUUUAAAGCUAUAAAUUAAACUUGUGUAUAUAAAUAUCAUCGUAUAAAACAUUAGUAAAUAAAGCAGUGUUUCCUUCCAAUGAGAAACAAAAGAGAACAAAAUCAUCACUUCCUGCUAAACUGGAGCAGAUAUGAGGCAGGGAAAUGUAGUUUGUAGUGCGGUAGGAGAAGCCAUCGUGGUCUUUUGUCUUCUCUAGUCAUGCGAUUUCUCCAGAAAAUAAUUUAAUAGUAAAGGAUGUCCUUCCUCUGUCAAACAGCACUUGGGAAACACUUGAAAUAGAAUUAAAAUGCACUAAUAAUUUAGUCUCCAUCUGUUCUCAUAUCUGACGUGCUGUGUUCAUCAGUGUUUCUCCUCAUUAUUAUCCUCUAUGCAGACACGUUUUCUACAUUUCUCUUCUACAGAUCUGUGAUGUUUCCAGUGUUUAAUGGCCAAAACGUUUGUACUGUAUGUUUGUACAUCAUCACUAACACUCUUCACAGCGCAGCACUUUAUAUUUACAUGUACUGCAGUUUAUUCUGCAGAAAUCCUCCUGUUAGGAAUGACUAUGAGUGCCAUAAGAGCUGCAUACUUGAAUUUUAAUUUAAUACCUACUCUUAUUUUAUUGAAAAGAAAACUGUACGUUUGGUUUAUUGUUGUUUAUAUAUAUUAUAUUGGUGUUUAUAAGUCUAUCUUGUCACUAUAUAUUGUUUUGAUGGUUUGUAAUUGUUAAUUUUAUUAAUGUACUUGUGUGAGUUUUUGGAUGUACAUCAAACCAUUUCUUUUAUAUCACUUACAAAAUGCAAAUCUUAUUUACAGCCCAUUUUACCCAUUUGUGAUGAAGCUAAAACUGCACAAACAUCUGAUUGGAUGGUUAAAGUGUCUCAUUUACAUAAAAGGGACAGUUCUCCCAAAAAUGUUCUGUGUUUGCUUAUACUUUAUUGUCCCAUUUCUGGGAAAUUUGCCUUGGACAACCAUGACAUGGCCAGAACACAUUACAACACAAUAAAUGAUUAGUCCCUUAUUUAUCAGGGGUCGCCACAGUGGAAUGAACCGCCAACUAUUCCAGCAUAUGUUUUACGCAGCAGAUUCCCUUCCGGCUGCAACCCAGUACUGGGAAACACCCAUACACUCACACAUUUCCACACACACUCAUACACUACGGCUAAUUUAGAUAAUCAAUUCCCCUAUAGCGCAUGUGUUUGGACUGUGGGGGAAACCAGAGCACCCGGAGGAAACCCACACCAACACGGGGAGAACAUGCAAACUCCACACAGAAAUGCCAACUGGCCCAGCCAGGGCUCGAACCAGUGACCUUCUUGCUGUGAGGCGACAGCACUACCUAUAUAAUAACUUUUUUUACUCAGCAUUUACUCAGAUUCAAUUGGUUCCAAAGCUGUUUUAUUUUCCUUUUUCUGUUGAACACAAAAGAAGAUAUUUUGAAGAAUGUUGGAAAAAAGCUUCGAUUGACUACCAUAGUAGGAAUAAAAAUACUAUGGAACUCAAUGGCAGUUUUUCCCCAGCAUUCUUCAGUAUAUCUUCGAUGAGAUUGACAUAUUUAUUAUUUUGAGGUGAACUGUCCCUUUAAGAUCCUUUAAGAAAUGUGAAUGAAUAAAAUCAAUAAUGUGGCUCUUGAUUUUACCAUGACUAAUACAUUUAUGAAGUCCGUGCUUUCAGAAAAUAAAACA